AUGUCUGUUACUCUACACACCUCUCACGGUGACCUCAAAAUUGAAGUAUUCUGUGAGGCUGUUCCAAAAGCCGCUGAGGCAUGUUCUACUCCAUCUCCAUCACCAGCCACACUGACAUUCAGAGCGCAACAGAAUUUUCUGGCCCUCUGUGCUUCUGGAUACUAUGAUGGUUGCAUAUUUCACCGAAACAUUCGCGGUUUCAUGAUUCAGACAGGUGAUCCCACUGGCACAGGCAAGGGCGGCCAAAGCAUUUGGGGCGCGCCUUUCUCUGACGAAAUUAGGUCAACCCUCAAGUUUAAUAACCGAGGCGUUGUCGCGAUGGCCAAUUCAGGGAAUGCUACUGACUCAAACAAAUCCCAGUUCUUUAUCACUUACGCGAAGCAGCCCCACCUCGACGGCAAACACACCAUCUUUGGUAAAGUGAUUGACGGUGCAGACUCGACACUGGAUUCUAUGGAACGUGUUCCAGUCACCAACAAAAAUCGACCUUUAAAUGAGAUUAAACUGACUGGAGUGACAAUUCAUUCCAACCCCAUCGCAGACGCUGAGCUGGCUGGUCGACGAUGA